GGUCUGUGUAUGAAAUCUCGGGCAGUGAAUGCUGCUUGUCGACGGGCGACCUGCUGAAGGUCCUGGCUGUGGUGCUGCAGAAGGUCGUCUGCGAGGACACGGAGACAGGGCAGACAACAGAGCUGCCCCCAACGUUUAAGG